GCAGAUGUCUGUGCUUUUGUUUUGACUAAAAUAUUAAAAUGUCAUCUAAGCAAAUAAAUCGUUCAGCAACUGAGUGAGUGUAAAACACAGAAAAAAAUACAAUUUAAUCUUUGAAUUUAAUUCACUUUGUUUUAAAGCUUACUUCCGAGUGUUUUUUCAUUUCACUUUAUGCUGAUCGAGCGCAUCGACCAUGGAUGCCGACCUGAAAGAGCUCAAGUCGGUGUUCCGGUCGCUGGUGGUGUCCAGCCCGAGUCAUGUGGACAUGCGGACGCUGCUGCGCGACUACCGGCAGAUGAUGGGCGCGCCCAUCCCGCUCGCCAAGUAUGGCUACAAGGAGCCCCUCGCCUUCCUCAAGGAACGGUGCAGUGAUUGCUUUAUCUUUCAUGGUGCACCAAACAAUCCUACACUCACCCUGAUUGUGCCAGAGACACUGAAGCAUAUUGACAAAUUUGUGCAGAAACAGAAAUCAAACCCGUCUGUCAAACUUAAAGGCAAAAGACGGAGCGUCCCAGGGGCGAUACCACAGUUGGCAAAUACAAAUUCAGGGCCUGACCUGAUUGUGAAAACAUUCCAAGAAUGUAAUAUUAAUUCAGUCAAACCUUAUAAUUCUACCAUAGCAAUUGAUGAAAGGAAGGAAAUUAGGACAUCGCCAAACUCGAAAGCAGACGUCAAUCAUAAUAAAGACGAAUCCCCAGUAGUUCAGAACAAUAAUCACAUAGAAUCUUCAUGUGAAGUCACAUAUGAAAGAAACCAUUGUCAAAACAUAAAAAGUUCACAAAAAAUCAACAAAAAUAAUAGAAACAGUCGCCCCGCACGAAUCACUCCAGAGAAAGUUGAAACAAAUGAUCAUAAUAAUGAAAACUCUGGUGAUGCAGUCCGUAACUUCUUAAAGAAGAGGACUCCUCUGUACAACAGCCAGUAUUUGGACAGUUCCAGUUCUGUCAACGGUAAGCUGUCAUCUGCGGAUGAUGAUUCUGGGAGGCAGACUGCGUCUAGCAACAGCAUCAAGAAGGGCAUGGCCUUAGAAGAACUGAAGAAUGAGGUGGUGGAGCUUGUGGAGAGCCAUCCCGAGGGAGUGUGGUGCACGCAACUGUUGAGGCUUUACAGAGAGCGGCACCAGCGCGAGCUGAACUUCGGGCGGUUCGGGUUCACGAGCAUCAUCAGCCUGGUUUGCACGCUGGACGGGCGGCUCAGCAUCGCGCGGCCCGAGCACACCGGCGACUGGCGGCUGCGGCCGGGCCGCGCGCCCGCGCCGCGCCCCGCCGCCCGCCCCGCCGCGCGCCCGCCGCGGGGCUCCACGCUGGCCUGCCACGUCGACCCCGACGACGCCUUGCCCGGCAUUGAUUUCGACCCGGACGUGUUCCCCGUGGACUGCAUGCACUUCAUGGAGAGCAUCCCGCCGCUGCCGCUGGGCGACGUGGAGGCGGGCGCGCUGCUGGACGUCAUGGUGGGCGAGGUGUACUCCCCCUCGCACUUCUGGCUCAUCCGGCUCGGGGAGCUGUACCACAUCGCGAUGGAGGACAUCAUGGACCAGAUGACUGAAUACUACACGAAUGGCGAAGGUCGGGACCGCUUCCUAGCGAGCGGGGCCGUACGGCUGGGUCACUACUGUUCUAGCUACUUCGAUCGCGACUGGCAUCGCUCGCUCAUCGUCAAGAUCAUUGAUAGCGAGACGGUUAAGGUGCGUCACGUGGACUACGGCACCGUGGACGUGGUGGCGACGCGCGGCCUCAAGCCGCUGCUGCGGCAGUGGGGGCAGCUCCCGGCGCAGGCCGUGCGCGCGCGCCUGGCGGGCGUGCGGCCCGGCGCGGCCGGCCGGCGCUGGCCGCACGCCGCCGCGCACUGCUUCCUGCGGCUCGUGCGCGACGCGCGCCUCGUGGCCAGCGUGGCCGCGCUGGACAGGGAGGAGGACAUCCUCGAAGUGUUCCUUGUGAACACGUCCACCGAGAAGGACGACUGUAUCAGCGCCGCUCUAAUCCGCUCCGGCCACGCGGACCCUCGUUCAGACUCCUGCGUCCGAACGGGCGAGUGCUACCUGUUCCCGAAGUUCGCGGCGCUCGAGAACGGCGCGACGCCGAACUUCGCGGAGAUCAGCGAGUACCUCCACAACGGCAUCGCGCUGGAUUACGUGGACGACUACCGGCGGCACGUGCCCGACUGCCUGCCGCCCGCCGCGCCGCUCGCCGCCCUCCCCUCCCCCCACCCCUCCACCUGCUCCGAGUCCGGCCUCUCCUCACCUGAGCCCCCCUCCCCGCGAUCCGCAGCUGUUGAUAACUCGAUACCCUCGGCUCGUGUGGCAACAAUAGCUAACAGGAUACCGUUGUUGCCGCCGGCGAUUUCUCUCACUAUAGACUCCACCUCCGCUGGUAUACAAGUAGAACACUGUAACAGCGAACCGGCACUUGGCAGUCCGCGGGAUAGAUUAAUAUCGCCAAAACAUACAACACCUAUACAUUCUCCCCAGCCGUCGCCGACGCCGGCGGUCGUUUCCGAGUCCUCGCCUGUGAAGCCCGCGACCUCGUUGCCCACGUCCACGCCUCCUGUUGAGACCUCGUUGCUGGCAACUACGCUCCCCGUUUCUACUGCAGCGGUGCUUACAACUCCGUCACCCAAUCCACAGCCCACCCCUACUCCUACACCAGCACAAGUUCCCACAACUGCGGCGAGUGGCGUCACGUUAUCAAUGAGCGAAUGCGAGACCUUCCAAUACCUAAGCCGAGUAGACCCAGUCGCGGCGCACUGGUUCAUGCUGGGGGCUCUCGGCCGCGCGGCGCCCCAGCUCUCCUCCUCACUUAACAUCGCCGCGGAGUUCCGCCCCGCCCCGCCGCAGUUCCGGCCGAACGUGAUGGCGCCGGAGUUCCGUCCGCGGGCGUUCCUGCCGCCCCCGACGCUGCCUCCCUUCCCCCCGAGCUACCCCCCGCAGCAGAUGCCGAUGCCGUGCAUGCUGCCGCCGGCGCACUACCCCCAGUUUGCGCCCCCCGCCAACUUCAUGCCGCCCCCCGGCUUUGGCCCGCACUAGCGCCGUCACCGUAUCGCGUGAAAGUCCGCCUGCGUCUAGAGAUGUACAGUAAGCCACCUAAAAAGUGUACCAUAAUAGUGGUGUAAGUACUUUUCGAUGUGGCCCACUGUAUGCUGUGAUUUCGUCCACUUUGUGUAAUUAGAUUAUAGGUGUUGAGUUUUAUAGAAUCUCUUUGUAAGUUGUAUACGCUGUUUUAUUUGACACUUCUUUUUAUUUCACAUUUUUGUAUUAAGUAGGUACUUCUUAAAAUUAUAAAUAAUUGAUCAAGUUGAUUCAAAGUCGUUAGUGCUAAAAUAGUUUCGUUCCAGUAUGUCUGUUAUAAUUGACAAAAAAUUUUUUUUUUAAGAUUUAAUGUAUAUAGAUGAUUUUGUGAUUUGUGAUGUACGUCUGGGAAUAUUGCCACUGCAAGCAUAAUUGAGACUUAAUCUUUCCACUUGCAACGAUCCUUGUAUACUUUUGCACUUUAUAGUUAAUUAUUAUUCUCUGUAUGCUACCUCUGUGUAGGGUACUCUUGAUCUGGGCUGACUUCUCCGAUUUGAUUAGUUCGUUUGUCUAGACAUUUCCCUUCCACCGUUAUCUUACAUUGUCAUUUUACAUUUGCAAAGUACUUUCAUUCAUCCUCUCUAUAGUCAAAUCAUCUAAGCAUUCCAUUUUCACUCAUUUUUCAAUGAUCAUAUUCCUUAAUAGCUUAUAAACUGGAGUUUUUUCAUUUAGGCGAUAGGUUAGCAACCUGUCACUAUUUGAAUCUCAAUUCUAUCAUUAAGUCAAACAGCUCAACGCGGCCUGUCAAUUUUUCAAGACUGUUUGCUCAGUCUACCUCGUAAGGGAUAUAGACGUGACUAUGUGUAUGAUGUGUGUAUAUUUCUUAACUCUCAUCUCCAUUGCGUCUUCUCUGCUUUCAUGUGUCUUCUGCCACACCUAACAACCUGCCUCUAUGCAUCGCCUGAUGAACCUUUGUAAAGAAUUUCAGGCCGCUACUAUGCGGUCAGAAGUUCGGGCCCGACAUGCUACGCUAAGCUCUAUUAACUACCUAUGUUCCCCCAUUCACACUCCUUUAUCACUAUCACACCUUCCAUCUCCUGUAAACUUUGAUCGACAAACUCGGUCACCUGCUCCAGUCUUCUCCUCCGAUCAAAAUAUUACAUUUUAUCCUUCUUCUAUCCUCUUCUUUUUCAUUUCUGCCUCCUAACUUUUCACUAUCUACUGGAACUUCUCGGCCAAUGACGCCAGUAUAACCUGAUGAACAAAGAUAAGACAUUCAACCAGUAACUCAUUUAUACUGAAUCCACUUUAAAAUUAAUUUUAAAAUGUCAAACAAACAUUCAUGAAUUAGUUGAACAGCCAAGGUGGCACGACAUAUCUUCAACUAGCACCUCGCCAAAUGUUGUAGUGCGUUGUUGAUUUCAUAAUAAAUUGUCAGGCACGUGGGAAUAUUAUCGGUAAUUUACUGGAAAUUUUGUCGGGAAUAUUUCCAAUGUAAUAUAUUAAAUGAAUAAGUUCCAGUAUCAAGGCGAUCAUAAACACAUGUGAAUACAAUAUAUUUGAUUUUAAUUUGAAUAUUAAUUAAUCAAUAUUCCCAAUAAAAUCCCAUUAACGUUGCCGGCAGCGAUUGGAAAGUGAAAGAUUUAAUCAAGUUAAUUAAAUUUUUUUUUUCAAUUGACUUAAAGUAAUUUAUAACUUACCUACUUAAAUUUGUUGACAUUACUUAUUUUUGUUUCGACAGAUAUGUAAAAAAAUUCUACUUCUUUUAAACUAUAUAUAUUGUCAUUGUUUUCAUCUUGUUUCUUUUUUUUAUAUCAAUAGUCUGAAUUAAAUCCAAACCUUAAUGCAUAGUAAUAAAAAUAUUUAAGGGCCCUAUAAACAAUUUGUAGGAUAUCGAUACAUUUUUUUUUCGCCAAAAUGGCAUUUUGUACAUAAAACUAAAUGUUAAGUAACUGAUUUCUACAUUAAGAUCGAUAUUUGUAAUUGAUGUGUACAUAAAUAUAGUUCAUAUCAAACAGUGAAUAUAUAGAACGUACGUUCAGUAUUUUGUAACAUUUAUUAGUCACUAGUUAAGAACGAGGGCGGGUGUUCAGCAUUUAAUUUACAGUUAUUAUUAUAGUCAAGUGCUCCGUAAAUCAGGGUUAUGUCCAAAUUGCAGUGACUAGAAUAGAAAUUUUCCCGAUUUCUACAAAUUCUAUUGGAGACCUUAAAAAAUUAGUGUUAUAUUAUCUAUCAGUUAUAUAUACUCAAAUUUGUCCGGGGCUUCGCUACCCGGCAAAUUACCGAAUUUUCAGAAAAUUUAGGAACGGUAUUUACUUAGAUUUUCGUAAGUCCAUAUAACAAUCUCAUUGCCAAAUUUUAUCUUAUAUGGUAGACUUUGAGCACCUUUAUUCAUUAGAAACAUUAAUACAAAUGUUAAUAAUAUAAAAUGGAUAUUUAGUGUAUUCAUACUUGUGCCUGUAAUUUUAAAUAAUUUGCUGCCUAAUGUCAUGUAUGUAUGUACAUAUGUGUAUGCCUUUUAAGUAUAGAAUGCAAGUCACUGCCGUAUUGGAGCCACUUAAUGGGCGUCUACCUACCUCGACGUAGUGUAAGAUGUAAUGGAUAUACAUAGUUUAUAAAUUUUUAAGAUCUUGUAUGUAUAAGUUACAUAUUUUUAAGACUAAGUUCAAAAAUUUGUAUAAGUGUAUAAUGUCAUAUAAAUGGAUCGGUCACGACACGGCACGACUUACAUAAUAAUGUAAGUAAGUGUACCUAUAUGUCGCAGAGAAAUGAGGAUAUCACAGAUUUCUCGAAAUCCCUAGGUAUACCACGAAAUCACGAAAGAUGGUGAAUAUUCCGAUUUAAUACAUCUUCUUACUAAAAAAAAUAUUAGUGAUAUGACAAAAUACUAUUUCAAUCUAGUGAUAUAUCAUUUCACUCAUCUAAAUCUAGUGAAAUAAAGAAUGAAAUAGGUUCGUCCUAAGUCCUUUUAAAAUUAAUUGAUUAACCUAACCUAACCUAACCCUUUUUUUACGUGUGGAAAGACCUUCGUUUACCCGGCCGGGUACGGGAAGCCGGACGGGUUAUGUGGGGCUUGAACCCACUAAAACCAUACGGUGCCAACGCCUACUGCUUCGUUGCCAGGAGCAUGAGCUGCCCUCGCUCAUAUUCGUGACGCGGCGGCCGCUUCAACGGCGGCUUCCUUCCGCUCCCAGUUGUGUCCGUUUGGGUAGAAAGAGGGAGAGAGAUACAUUGGACGAUUUUUACUCGGAGGUAUCCGUUUUUCUGACAUUUCACUAGAUUUAAUUUAGUGAAACGACAUUUCACUGACUAUUUUAGUAAGAAGGCGUCGUAAAUAAGAAUAUUCAACAUAUGCCGUGAUUUCGUGAUAUCCCUAGGGAUUUCGCGAAAUUUCUGGUUACUUCAUUUUCCUGCGACAUAUAUAUAUACAUAAAUAGCAUAGCAGGGAUAGGCGAUUUAACUUGGGGAUUCCUCUUGUAGGUGAUGGGCUAGCGACCGGUCACUAAUUGAAUCUCAAUUCCAUCAUUAAGCCAGAGAGCUGUACGUGGCAUUUCGGUUCUCGAGACUGUUGGCUCCAUGUACCCCGCGAGGAGAGAGAGGAGAGAAUCCUGCAAGCGUUUAGAAAUAAAAACUUUAUAAAUCGUAGUUGCAUUUUUAACGUAAAAUGUAAAUAAUGUUUGGUUCGAGUCAAGUGGGAAGAUGUAGUCCCUGCCUACCCCUCAGAAAAAGAGGCGUGAUUUUAUGUAUUUUAAGUUAGACUAAUUGGUUAGAAUACCAUAAAAGACCAAUUGUGAUUAGAACUAGAAUAUGGGAUAAUACGUGAAACCAAUUUAUUACAUAAGUAUAUUUUUUCUUUUAAUAACCAGAUGUUCUAUUCUUAAUAUGUUAUAGACGUCAGCAAAAACUCGUAGAGUGUAAGAUAGGCUUACUCUGAAAGUUCCUUAUAGUCGCAUAAAGUAAUAAUUUUUUGCAUUUAAACAUGUCGUGACUGUUUCAUUAUAUAAUAUUAACUGCAUUAAAAGUAACAAAAUCGUCAUAUUUGUAUUAACUGUAUAAGUACCUAAGACAAAAUGCAAAUGUUUAUAAUUUAAAAAAAAUGUAAGUAGCGUGGGAUGUAUGCAUGGGCGUAGGAGCUAUGUGUGCCGAGCCUACCCUAAAAUUGAUUUUUUACUACUACCUAACAAAAUAAUAUGGCUAAAAAAGGGCUUGCGGCGCUAUUCACGAAUGUUAGCAAGACAUGUCUCUGUCAGCGUUAUACGUGAAUGGCCUCUUUCCACCCCAGCCCCCGUGGCACGGCACGAACUAUCGCUCCAAAAACUACCGCUGUUUAAUUUUUUAUUAUGACGUGAAAUGCGACGUACCUACAUACAUAUCCGUGAGUUUGAGGCUCAAUCAAGUUUUGAAUAAAUAGAUAUAUAAAUACAAUUUCAAAAUAACGCUUUGCUACAGGGGCGGGAAACUAUCAAGAUAUGCCCAUGCCCGUUUUGAUACGACGACUUGAUUUGAUGUGUUCUGUGAUAAAAUCAAAACUUCCAAAUAAGGAUAAGUUCAAAAGUAAGUGCACAUUUAUGCGGACGAUUUUGCACUUUUAUUUAUACCUAACGCAAAAGUGCUAGGUAGGACCUAGCAAACUAGUUAUAAGUUUCAUGACUUUUCUUCUUCUUAAACAGGCUGCCUUUAGAUUCCCCUGUAAAUUAAGUUUUGGGAACUAUAACGGUUAUGUCUGUUUUUUUUUGUUACAUUUGACAAAUGAAAAUUUAAUCAGUACUAUAAAAUUUCUGUUGGUACAUUAAAAAGUACA